AUGGCUGAUACUAUUCAGGUGGCCUCUGCUCCCCAUGAGGAGGCUGUCGAUAGGGAAGCUGCCAUGAAGGGGCAGGUUGCCGAUGAGGGAUACGAGCUCUUCGAGGAGUCCAACCCCCAGGCCUUCUCCCCUGAGGUUGCCGAUGCCGUACGACGCAAGAUUGAUCGCCAUCUGCUUCCUUUAAUGUGCUGUUUGUACGGUUUGAAUUACGUAGAUAAGAUAGCGAUGGGCUGGGCUGUUCUAUUCAACUUCCGGGGAGAUCUAGGCCUCGUGGGAACGCAGUACUCUUGGGCGUCGUCGAUGUUCUACUUCGGAUACCUCAUCGCACAGUAUCCUGCAAAUUACAUUCUGCAACGCUACAAGACCGCAAAGAUUCUCAGCUGCUCGGUUAUUACCUGGGGAAUUCUUAUGUUGGCCCAUCUCGGUCUGCGCAACUUUGCUGGACUCAUGGUCGUCCGAUUUCUGCUUGGUAUUGCCGAGUCGGUUGUUACACCAGGCUUUGUUUUGUAUACCUCAAUGUUCUAUACUCGUCGUGAGCAGGUUUUGCGAACUAUGCUCUGGGCGGCCAUGCAGGGACUGUUCUCGAUCGUUUCGAGUUUGCUCUCCUACGGACUAGGACACAUCACAAAUACGGCUUUAAAGCCAUGGAUGUACAUUUUCCUCGUGCUUGGCUUGCUCUCUUUUAUUGUCGGCUUCCUAUGGUUCUUCUUGAUGCCUGAGACGCCCAACAAAGCCAAAUUCUUGACACAUGAAGAGCAGAUCGUUGCUGUCCAGCGCGUAGCCCAGAAUAUGAUGGGUAUCAAGGGCUAUCAGUGGAAAUACUAUCAGAUGUGGCAUGCUGUCAAGGAUGUUAAAACCUGGUUGGUCCUUGCGUUUGUUGUCUUCACGCAACUACCUAAUGGUGGUCUAACAUCGUUCGGCUCUCUUGUUAUUUCUGGGUUUGGCUUUGACUCUUUCAAGACUUUAUUGAUUGGUCUCCCUUCAUCGGUUGUUAGUGCUGGAAGUAUGGUCGUUUGGGGGUCGUUCUCGAUCAAGUAUGGCAACCUUCGAACCUACGGAAUGAUUGUCCCGCUGUUGCCCGCUAUUGCCGGUAUUGCCGCAGUUUAUGGAACAAUGGACACGGGCGCGAACAAGUACGGUCGUGUUUUAGCAUAUUGGUUGAUCAACUCUUAUGCCGUGACGUGGCCAUUCGUCCUCACUAUUGUCGGGCAGAACAUUGCAGGACACACAAAGCGAGCAACAACCAAUACUCUUCUAUUCAUUAUGUUUGCGGCUGCGAACAUUGCAGGGCCGUUCUUAUUCCGAAGCCAGGAUGCACCGAAGUAUGUGCUCGCGAUCACUACCAUCCUGGUGUUUUUCUGUGCGGCUCUCCUCUCCGCCAUUCUCUUGAGAAUAUACAUGAUCAUGGAGAAUAAGAGACGUGAUAGCAGAUUUGGUCGGCUCGAUGGGCUGGAGGAAAAGCUGGAUGGUAUGCGCCUGGGUAUGCACGACAAGACUGAUCUCGAGAACGUCGACUUCAGAUAUGUGCUGUGA